AUGAAGACCGCCCUCGUCGCCUGCCUGGCCGCAGUGUCUGCCGCCGUCCCUCUCGGACCCAAGUUGAACGCCGAGCAAAUGAAGAUCUACGACCUGGCCAAGAGGCAACAGGCCGGAGCUGGCGCUGCCGGAUUGACGGAUAUCGACAUUCUUCAAUUCGCUCUUACCUUGGAAUGGCUCGAGGGAACCUUCUACCAGCAAGGCUUCCAGAAGUUCCCCGCACAGGACUUCCAGGCUCUCGGCCUGUCCCAGGAGCAAAUCAACGACCUGCAACAAGUCGGUGCUACUGAGCUCUCCCACGUCUCUCUCCUGCAGUCCGCCAUUGCCCAGGCCGGCACCCAGCCUGUCCAGCCCUGCCAGUACAACUUUGGCUUCACGAACGCUGCCGGCAUGGUCCAGACUGCUGCCGUCCUCGAGAACGUUGGCGUUUCUGCCUACCUCGGUGCCGCCCCUCUCGUCAAGGACAAGGCCAUUCUCAGCACCGCUGGCUCCAUCCUCACCAUCGAGGCUCGCCACCAGACCUUCAUCCGCGCCGCCUCCAAGCAGAUCGCUAUUCCCCAGGCCUUCGACGCCCCUCUCGGUGUUCGCGCCGUCUUCUCCUUGGCCGCCCCCUUCAUCACGUCGUGCCCUCAAGGCUCCAACUUGGCUCUGCAGGCCUUCCCCAAGUUGACGAUGACCUCUCCCGCCAGUCCCUCGGCCGUUGCCAUCGGCGCCCCGAUCAUGCUCCAGUCCGAUGCUGCUCCCCAGGCCCAGGCUUGCGCUUUCACCACUGGUGGCAUCCAGCCCGGCGGAACUGCCUUCACCCCCUUUAACGCUCAAACUGGCUGCGUCGUUCCCCAGGGCCUCAGCGGCAUCGUCUACCUCUCCCUCACGAACCAGUCCCCGAUGGCUGGCACGAUCACCGAUGAUAUCAUUGUGGCUGGCCCCAUGGUGCUUACUAUCUCGUAA